CACCCUUUUUUAUUACUAGACAAGAACUCGCCAUGACAGAUUACAAGGAGGAGCAGGCUAAUGAAUUAGAAGCACUUCAAUCCAUCUACCCUGAUGAAUACGAAGAGAUCUCUACCGACCCUGGCGAGUUCAAAAUCCUUAUUGUCUCUGACGAACAGGAUGGCCAGAACACUUAUUCGAUCAAAUUGCAUGUCAAAUAUACAGAAACAUAUCCUGAUGUGCUGCCCGACUUUUCAAUUGACAUGGAGGAAGGAAAACUAGAUCAAGAGAAUUUUGAUACGAUCAUGAAGAAAGUUACUGAAUCGGCGGAAGAAGCAAUAGGCAUGGGUAUGGUCUUCUCAAUGGCCUCGACUGCAAAGGAUACAUUAACAGAGAUCGUUCAACAGAUUAAAACCAGACGCGUGGAAGAAGAACUUGAAAGAGAACGGCGUGAAUUGGAGGAGGAGGAAAGGCGGAAGGCCGGAACCAAGGUCACAGUGGAAGGAUUCAUGAAAUGGAAAGCGGCGUUCGAUGCAGAGAUGGCUGAGAAGGAGAGGAUUGAGAAGGGAACCAAGAAAGAAGAUCCAAAGAUGUUGAAGCCUACAGGUCGUCAACUCUUCGAACGUGACCACAGCUUAGCCAAAUCGGAUGCUACAUUUAUGGAGGAGGGAGAUGUGGAUGUGGAUAUUGCAUUGUUUGAGCGCGAGUUGAACAUUUCUGAUGAUGAAGAUGAUAAUGAAAACGAUGUACUCAGGAACCUCCGGGGGGCAGCUUAGAAAUAAAAUAAAAAGGCUAGAAAAAUUCCGGGAAUUAUUGUCCAAAAGCUCCCUUGUUUUCAUAAGAUAGGCAUUCAAUUAUAGCAACUUGAGGCUAUGAG